AUGAAUUCCUGUUGUCGUGGCGAAAGCCAAGAGUUGCUGCGCUUCGACUUGGGGAACUCGGGAAGCAGCCCGCAGGGCAAUGCGCUCGGCGGCUUGCUUGCAUAUCAGUGCGAAAUCUCAGCUACUCAUAUUGCACGCUUGCUCGGAAAGGUCCAGCGAGAGGGUUACCGCGCUCUGCAUCCGACUGAGGCCGCGGCAAAAGACUUCAGUGUGGUCGUGGACCAGUAUUUCGGCAAGUCGGUUGUCAACGACAGUUGCAGAACGUAUUUCAAGCUCGAGGACAAGGUUGGAGAGUCCAGGAACGUUCUGGGAUAUCCAGGAACCCCAAGACAGCUGCUCGAGAUUCUGUCAGAGCCGCAUUGGGAGGACUUGAUCUUCGAAGACGGCAACGGGAACGUCGUGGCCCCUAUCGACACUCUCGGUUCAGACAAGAAGGCUUCUUCGACUGGCAAUCGAUUCCUGCUUUUUUGGGGAAAUAGAAGAUCUCCCUUGGGUUUUCUGAAGGAACCCGCAAAAAUCGACUUGAGGACAUGGCCCGAGGAAAUUUAG